AUGCGUAAGCGUGAAAACAGAAGACAAACGUUUAUUCGCGAUGUAGAAGAACCAAUUCGAAAAUUUACCAUAGGUGUUCAUCAGCGUCCAAUUCCAGAACAAAAGACAGUCAAAAAAGAAAAUAACAAUGAUUCUCCAUCGGUAUCCAAAACAUUUAACUUGUCUUUAGGAGUUUAUAUUUCAAAUAUGAAUAAUAAAAAGGUAAAUAAAGACGCCAUUUCGAAUGUCUUUUACUUAGAUUUCACAAACACACAAAACUUAGAAUCAGCUUUCUUAAAACCUUUAAAUAACUUUGCAAAUUUACAAAUUAUUUCUCUUUCUAACACCGGAUUAAAAUAG